AUGCUGGUGACCUAUUUGGAAGCCAGCCGGGACCUUUGCGAGACGGACUCAAUUCUUUUUGGCGCCGCGCUGGCAGUCUGCCGUAUCAUAGGCGCCAAGGUUUCCACGGCUGGACGCGCUACUGGCCAUAGUAGCGCUAUCCCAGCAUGGAGAAGAAGAAUUGAGGAACGUAUCGCAAAGGCUAGAGCUCUCAUCGGCAGACUGAUAUGCUUCAGAUCAGGCAACAACAGGCCAAGAAUUGCGCGCACCGUCAGGAUGGCGUUUGCUGGGACAAAUGUCAGUUUGUCCCAGCCGGAUAUAACGCAAAAACUGACGGAGCGCAUAGAUGAUCUGAAGCAGAGAAUCGCUGCUUGGGGAAAGCGGAUUCGGCGAUAUACCGAGAGGUCGACACGGUUCAAACAGAAUCGUCUCUUCCAGAGUGAUCAGAAGAGGCUCUAUGAAUCAUUGGAGCGACCAAUGGUAAGUGGAACGGGUCCAGCACCGAAUCAGGCCGACACUGUAGCAUUCUGGCGCGGCCUGUGGUCAGGUAUUACGCCCAUGGACCCCGUCAUCAUAACGCCGGAUGACGUAGCUGAGGCGGUCCAUAGGGCCCCGAACUGGAAAAGUCCGGGGCUUGACGGGCUGCAUCACUACUGGCUGAAGGGGUUCAUGGUGUGUCACUCUGUGCUUGCCCGACAGUUUCAAGAGGCUCUCAACCAGAAGUCGCUCCCAAGCCUCUUCACUACUGGGAUCACUCAUUUGGUUCCUAAAGACCAGGAGCUGGAGCCAUCUCUAUCCGUCACUGAGCAAAACCUGGCAGACCGAGUUAGGUACAUCCUGCGCUCCAACAUAUUUGGUGACGCCGAACUCGAGCGACUACAACGUGAGGCUAUUCCUUCAUCGAAUGGAAAUGCUACGGCUGGGAAUGCGGUGCCAGUAGAUGCGCAACAAACUGCAUUUGUGGAUUCUGCCGUCAAUAUUCCAUUUGUGGCUAAUUCAGACGAUGAUGGAAUAGUCUCCCACGAACUAGAGAAAAUGAGGAGCAUAUUGGAAGAGUCGAUGCUGGAAACGCGCAGCAUGCCUCUCGAAAAUCGACCGCGACUUCCCCGCAUACCCCUUAGCAAGCGAAAUCGGGCUGUCGUGCGGGCUCUUAACCCAAUGCUGGUGACCUAUUUGGAAGCCAGCCGGGACCUUUGCGAGACGGAUUCAAUUCUUUUUGGCGCCGCACUGGCAGUAUGCCGUAUUAUUGGCGCCAAACUUCCCGUGGCUGGACGUGCUACUCAAAAAAGUAGCGCCAUCCCAGCCUGGAGAAAAAGAAUUGAGGACCGUAUCGCAAAGGCAAGGGCCCUUAUCGGCAGACUGACAAGCUUCAGGUCGGGUAAUAAUAGACCGAGGAUUAUGCGCACCGUUAGGAUGGCGUUUGCUGGCACAAAUAUCAGUUUGUUCCAGCCGGAUAUCACGCAAAAACUAACGGAGCGCAUAGAUGACCUGAAGCAAAAAAUCGCUGCUUGGGGGAAGCGGAUUCGACGAUUUAGCGAGAGGUCAAGGCGGUUCAACGGCGGCUCAUUGACGCGGUCAUUGGCAAAGUGGUGA